ACGCUGCGGGCGGCGCUCGGCGGGAGCGGCCCGGGCGUGCCGUGGGCGGUGCUCGGCGGGAGGCGCGCCCGGCGGGAGAACCGAGCGGGACAUGGCCGAGGCGGGGCCGCUGCCGCCCGCGGCGGUGCCCGAGGGAUCGCCCGGCGCCCAGCUCCGCAGGGUCUGCGGCGGGAGCGAGGGGUCGCGGCCGCCGGAGCUGCCCGGCGGCGACACGCGGGAGCUGCUGGAGGAGGUGGAGCUGCAGAUCGGCGAUGCCGCCUUCUCGCUGGCGAAGAUCCUGGAGGCGACGUCGGCCGUGUCGGCCCAGGUGGAGGAGCUGGCCACGAGGUGCUCGGAGAACGCCCGGUUCCUCAGGACGUGGCGGGACCUGCUGAGGGAGGGCUACGAGUCCCUGAAGCCCAGCGGCUGACGCUGGCCCUGCCCGCCGAGCCCCCGCCCGGCCCGCACUGCGGCGGGGCUCCUUCCGACCGCUGCCUUUGGGGACCUCACGUGGAGUUUUGUGUUCCCCCCGAGCUCUUUCACAAAUACUUGGGGGCUCUCGUAUGGACGUUUUAUGUUACUCUACCGAAUAAAAAAAACUUUGUUUAGGGAAUCAGUUUUGACUUUUAGAUUCUUCGUUGAAGCUCAAGCGAUCUUAUACUCUCAUUUUUAUCUCUUUCGUGUUAGUGUGGUAGAUACAAAGUUAGUAUGUGUGCUACGUUCAGAACUCAUUACUUGUGGGGAAGUGAUAAGGAAUUGUCAGCCCUCCUUUUUAAGAGCUGUCACCAGCAGAAACCCUGCCAACCCCAGAAAAACUUCAAUUAACUUCAGUUUUUUGUUACACACACGUUUUCUUUAUGUUGAGUAUGGGAUAAUGCGGCAAGUUGUGCCUUAUUUAUGAGCUGUAGAAAAAUUCUAUAUCCCAAGCUUUACUGUUUUUAGCAGUAUUACAAUGUAUGUCUAUAAAGCUGCAGAUUCUUUUUUGCAGGAUGUUUUAUUACUACAAUUUUACCCUACUUUCUGUUGUAAUAAAGUGCCUUAUCAUGGACGAUAUGUAUCUGCAGGGUAGAAGUUUAACAGCAUUGUUUACUGAUAGGAUGAAUUAUUUUGAACUCUAAGUAAAAGCUUCUAUUAGUUAGAAUAGAAUCUGUGACAUGUAUUCUCUCCUGUCGCUGGGGAAGCACUUCAAAGCUUUUUCAGUAUUUGGUCCUGUUUUUUAUCUUUGCCUUAAGCAGUGACUAGUUUGAUAGUCUAGAGCUUACAGUUAAUAGAACCUUUCGGUCUGAAAGAUGGCUGAGCUGUAAUAAAUAGCUGUCCUGACACUCCUGUACCUUUACCAGGCACUGAAAAAAAGUAAUGCUGAGAUGCAAUGGCAGGCUGCAGGAGAAUGUGACUCUGCCAUGACUUGUUUUUACUUACAGGACUUUGAGGAAGACCCACUGUAGCUUGCUUAUCAAAACAAUAAAGAAGUUGCAAAAAUUA